GCGAUACUGCAGAGGUGAAGUACUGCAGAGUUUACGACGACAAAUCCUCUCACAGCUGCAUCAUAGAUACCUUUGGUAGCUCUUCAUUGGUCUUGGAGCCACAGUGCGCCCUGAGCUGUAGGCAUCGACGACGAUGGCUAAAUCAAUGGAUUUCGUAGACGUGUGUAUUGAAACAGAGCGAGUCAAUAGUAGAGAGCCACCAACGAUCUAUGCCGCUCCCACUGGAACCACUGACACGAUGAGCUCGGGUAGCCAGGAGGGCAAUGAGACGAUGAGCUCUGGCAGUAGCACUAGCAACAGCAACGAGUCGAUGAGUGACUACGGCGGCAGCGAAGCUACGGAGGACGAGAUCUCCGUAUUGUACUCGAUGCAGUUUCGCCCUUAUUCUGGUCUCCGAAGAUUAUGUGAAGUACCCCUGACUAGCGCACCUGGGAGUGAAAGUGGUCUAACCAAUCGCUCCUCUGUCAAUGAUGCCAAGUCGUCGGCUGGUGGUAGUCGGAGAAGCGUCCUUAUCAGCAACGACGACAAUGGUUACGAGUGCCAACAGGUACCCGACAAGCCAACGCCCGACUCCAGCGCGUUCCGGACCAAACUACUCCUUUUCGUUUUGGUCUUCAUGAUUGCAUUCGUCACUACGCUGACUGUUUUGUUGGUGAGACACAGCGCCGCCAAAACGAAACCACCAACGCCAUCCACGGAUAUUGGCGCAUCCUCACCGGAAGGUUCAGCUUCCUCCGACAGCGAUCCCUUAUUGGCGCGCGAUACCUCGAAGCAACCAGCCACAGUGUCCAUCUUUCCAACCCAGGCUCCCAGCAGUUAUCCCACCUCGGCAACCAACGAUGCAUGGAACUACCUCUUGGCAAUGCUUGGCCCGUACACGAAACGAGAGAUUCUGCUCGAUGCGUCCCGACCACAAGGGAGAGCCUUUCUACAGAUAAUGAUGGAUCAUGUAGAUUCCUACGAAAGCCUCACUACCACGGAAGUCUUGCAAUCAUAUGCGGUCUUGACCCUGUACUUCUCAACGUCACCCAAGACUUGGGAUUUGCGGUUGACUGAAUCAACAUCAAUGUUGACCGUAAUGAAGUCCCAAGUCUGCGCGUACUGGAAAGAAGCCUACAUUGUGGAUUGUGUCGAAAACGGCUAUCAGGUACCCGUGGUUCGCACGAUAGCCUUGGCGAAUGCAAAACUAUCGGGUUCACUGCCCGAAGAAAUCUGCCUGCUAGAACACCUCGAAAGACUCGAUUUGACCUCCAACAUGCUCACUGGAAGCAUCCCAGCGUGCCUGGGCAACUCCAAGAGCUUGAAGACCUUGCUGCUGUCGAAAAACUCUCUUUCCAGCCAACUCCCCAGGGGAAUGCUACUCGUUACCACCCUGGAAGAAUUGGAAGUCACCGAUAACAGAUUGGGGGGUGACUUGCAAGUCUUGAUUGAAGGGACCAGUCGCAAUACUGAUGCCGCCACCAAUCUUUAUCGUUAUGGAGAAAGCUGGCUACUGCGCCGUUUGAAUCUCGAUGGCAAUUCGUUCACGGGCGAAGUUCCCGCCUUUCUGGGUGCCCUUGGCAAUCUCAAGAGUCUGACGUUGCAUGGUAACGACCUCACGGGGGUAAUUGAUGACAUGUUGUGCGACCGUACCCAAUCUGGCUUGAAGGUUUUGACGGCGGAUUGUCAAAGAGUGAGCUGUGACUGCUGUACUGCCUGUUUUUAACAGAGCAGCAAACUUCUAACUUUAGAAGUUAGCGCAGCAAGGUACUUCGCGCUUCUUAUAGAAUGUAAAAAGAAAAGGUGACCAUGAUGAAUGUCUGGCUGAUGCAAGCUAUCGAUUGAAUUGGUAGCAAUUGCAGGCAGGGAGGCUGGAUAGGUUGCUGAACUUGUGGCUGGUGGCGGCGAUGGCUUUUAGGGUUGAUUUCGGCGUGGGUUAACCCUCUUUUCUUGCAUGGCAUUUGUUACCUAGCACUGUAGCUCCUACAUAGUGUAUUAGCUUUUCUAUAUUGUUUCUUGCUCGCGAUACAGCUUCAUCAGUAGUCGCCAUCUGCAAGGAGCAACUUUGGAAUGGGCGCAAGUCUUUGACUUGUAGUUGUUGAUUGUUGUCUUGGUGCCAACCAACUACACAGUCCUCAUCUUGGUGCGAUGGAUACCCAGCAUCCUAUCCAUGAGAAACUUUUUCCACAGGACAAACAACCACACGCCGCACACGGCAGCACUGACCACCACGUAGGGUCCAUCUGCCGCGACUGUGUCGACCAAGCUGCUGGCACCAUCUGGUUUGAGUUGUCUCUGCUGCAGUCGUGGUGGCUGCUGUGCAAAGAGGAGUUUGGCCGCCUGGAUUUCUUGCUUGGUUUGCAUGGCUUCCCCAUCUUCGGGCCAAUAAAUGAGACGCAGAUACUGAUACAUCAUGGUGGCAUUGUACUGCGAGGCGGCCCCAUUCAUGGGAUGCAUCCAACACGAGGGACACUCCUGGACGGGUGGCCACAGGACGGCUUCUUCUUCCUCCAGAGUGGCUGGUUCUGGUUGUCUUCCUUGUCGUUGCCAUCGUUCCGUCUGCAAUCGAAUGUUGACUCCAUUAUGGAAUUCCAACAGCCACAGUGGC